AUGUUUUCAAACCUGAGUCGCCUCAAAGUUACCAUAUUCUGCAUAAUUUUGUACAUUCUUGUUGGCACCUAUUUCUUUGAGUGUAAAGCCAGCAGUGUCGGUGAUUCAAGCAGCAGUAAAAAUUUAAUUAAAGACGACACUGAGGAGUAUCUCAAAUCCUAUGGCGAAAAAAUGAAAUCUUACAUGAAUCUUAGCGUGGCACCUUGUGAUGACUUUUACGAAUACGCCUGCGGAAAUUGGAAGAACGUACGUCCAGAUCGUUUCCAGUCCAACCACAAGAAAAACAACCUCUUAGAUAUUGAUUUCACUCUCCGCGAUGAGGUGGAGAAGCUCUUGACUAACACGAAGUUGGCCCAGGCACUGAACGUUUCUACGGAACUGCAGGUUGCGCAACAAUUCUACAACGCGUGCCUCUCGGCGGUGGUGUUUCCGUUUCCAGCUGCUGAUCCCGCUUAUCUGGAGCUUAUAAGGUCAAUUGGUGGUUUCCCUGCCGUCGACGGAGCGGCAUGGAAUGCUUUUAGCUUCAGCUGGUUUAAUAUGAGCGCCCAUCUAACGAAUUUAGGAGUCAAUGGGUUGAUCCACGAGUUUAUUGAUUCGCAGUACCCCUUUGGACCGUAUUUUAAGUUGCCAGAACUGGGGUUUGAUCACACCGUCCAGACGGAUAACAUAGCCAACAAUACCUCUCGAGCCUACAAGCUCAACGAGAAACGAAUGCAAAGUUAUCUUCAAGCCUAUAAUCUCACGGAGGACAAGAUUUCGGAGGUGAUCGCUGGGGUUUUUGACUUCUGGCGUGACGCUCUCGCAGUUGCGGAUAGAUUUGAUCGCGAUAUUGAGAAAUGCGAACAGAUUUCUGAAAACGAAAAUGUGCCCAAGUAUCAACAGUGGCAGAGUUACUACGAUAUUGCAUGGAACGGGCAAAACUUUUCUAGUGAGGGCGUAAAUGAAGAAUAUUGCGACUACUACUACGAACAGUUGGAGAAAGUGUGCUCAAGACACCCAGAGGCUGUCGCAAACUAUCUGGCGAUGCUUCUGUUAUAUCGAAUGGAUGCGAAACUGAAGGAGGAGAAGUAUCACAAGUAUCACAAAAUAAAAUGUAUUGUUUGAAGAGGACAUAUUUAACAAAAAUUUUUGAAUUACCAGGACACUUUUAUCGACCAGACUCGCCCAGAAUUAUCUAAUAUUGUAAAGGAAGUUCGAAACAGCCUGAGGAACGCGCUGGAGGAAGUCGAGUGGCUAGACCCAAGGACUCGGCGGAUGGCACUACUCAAAGAGUCCACCAUUAAACCCAUAAUUGGUAGAAAUAAAAACGAAGAGGUUACCAGUCGUCUGAUCCAAGAAAUCAAUGAGCUGCAGUUGGAGGAUAGGAGCUUCCCCCAGAGCAUGAUCCAGUUUAAAAAAUUAAUCACCCGCUGGCGCCGCUUCAAUGGUUUGCACCACAAGGAACUCCCUAAGGACACGAAGCCACUGAAUUAUCUUUUGGGCAUUCAAGUCAAAGCUUUUUAUAGUCGCCGUUUAAACGCCAUUCAUGUGAUGGCUGGAACAUUGCAUCCGCCUGUUUAUCAUCCCGAGUGGCCUAGUUCCUUAAAAUUUGGUACUUUGGGGUUCUUGGUGGGCCAUGAGUUAAGCCACGCCUUUGAUACUGACGGUUUUAAGUUCCUCGAUGAGGGAUACAUGGGUAUUUUGUGGUUGUUAUCCCGAUCUCGAGCUAUAUUUAUGCAGAGGGUAAUGUGCUUUGUAAACCACUAUAACAGCUACCACAUACCGGAGAUUAAUCGCAAUAUCAACGGCAAAAGCACACAGGACGAAAACAUUGCGGAUAGCGGUGGGCUGAAGUAUGCCCUCGAUGCAUAUCGCAACCACAUGAAACAGUUUAAGAAUAUAAGCGAUGAGGACAACAAGACCCUAGAAAGCGAACAAAUGCCCGGACUGGACCUAUCGCCAGAACAGCUUUUCUUUCUCGGAUUUGCCCAGCUCUGGUGCGCGGAAUACGAGCAGGAAGAUUAUUGGGAAGAGUUGGCCGAUGAACACACCAUCGACAAGUUUCGCGUCUUGGGUGUAGUCUCCAACAGUCCUGAUUUUGCCCAGGUGUAUAGCUGCCCCGCUGGAAGCCCAUUAAAUCUUCAAGCGGAUACAUGCCGCAUUUGGUAA